AUGCCCCUCACCGGCCACUGCCUCUGCAAGGCCGUCACCUACACGGCCGACGUCGACGCCCCGCUGCUCACGGGCUAUGACCACUGCGACGACUGUCAGAGACAAUCGGGCUCAACAUACUCCCUCGUCUGCGUGGUGCCCAAGGACAAGCUCAGGACGAACGGCCCGGUCAAGAAGUGGAAGGGGGUCGCCGACUCGGGCAACGCCGUGUGGCGGUGGUUCUGCUCCGAGUGCGGGUCGCCCAUCGCGCACGAGCCGGAGGCGGCGCCUGAUAUCAUCGCGCUCAAGGGCGGGUCGCUGGAUACGGAGAUCAAGAAGGGGUUGAAGCCCGAUACCGAGAUCUGGACUGUUAGCAAGCUGCCUUUCUGCCAGGAGCAUCUGGCCAAGCCGUUUGAGCAUAUGCCGCAGUAA